GCCAAGGGACACGUGGGAGAGAUUAGGAGGCGGAGAAUCCACAAACCCCAUAGGACUUUGACACCCCAUUACUCCAUAUAAUCUAACCCGUCGAGAUUCGGUGCACAUAAUCUAACGGAUCCGGAACCAUCAUAAACUCUAUCACGACGGUGACAUAUAAUCGAGUGGUUGAGAUUUGGGGCCGAGGUGAUGCUGAGGCUUCGCAUGGUACUGCACCUACGUAUCUCCAAGUAUUUCAAAUUGGGAGCUUUUGAAACUAUGAUAUCUUGGGCAACGUGCGAAUCUACGACACAUAAACGUUCAAGAAACGGAGAGUUAGAGAUUAAGCAAUCAAUAUCUUGGCCAUCCACAUUCAGUUUGCUUAAACAACAUUUCCUCAAUCUCGGCCAAUACAAUUUCCUGUUAUAGGAAUUAUAUUUAUGGCAAUUAAACAUCCAGAUUGAGUUUUUGGGCAUUUUUUUGGGCAACAAAUUUGAGCCAUUUACUAAUAGUCUUGUCACAGUAUCUUUCAGUUCAUGGUUAUUUGAUCUGGAGAGAUUAUAUCCUUGUUGAUAUGUAUGCUAAAACUGGACAAUUGGAGCUUGCUUCUUAUUUUUUUUUUAUUUUGCUAAACAUAAAGUAUCAAUUUUGUAACAUAAUAUUUAUGUGGAAAUUACAAGGCUAAUGACACGGGCCAUCAUACAUUAUUCACCAAUAAUUAAUAAAAAAAUGGUCAAGUGGAACAUUACUAAGCAGUGGGAAGAAUUAUUUCUAAUGAUGAAUUUAACCAUAUACCCAAUUGCACAAUUGAUUAUAUCAUAUUUUCUCUUGAUCUCUAUUCUUCUAUUUUCUUCUUCCGAUGAGGCCCAAGAAGAUCGAAGUAUUAAAUUAAAAUGAAAACUAAGGAAAAGACCCAGAAGACUAGCUAGAUUUAAGAUGUACAUCCAGAUAUUGAAUAUUUCAAUUUAGAUUGAUUUGAUCGGGUUCGUCAGAUUAAAUUUUUUUUUUUUUUUUUUUAACACUUACUCGUGUUCCUAAAUUAAACAAACUUAUACUGAAAUAUUUCAGUUUAGAAAUUAACAAUAUAACAAUUAACAACCCAUUCAAUAUAUGCGGUUUUUAUUUUUUUAUUUUUUUAUUCUCACUGAUGCGGUUGCUUCCAUGGCCAAAGCGCCUCAGAUCUUUCCUCUUAUCCUGCAAAGACAAAGCAACUCUAGCUAAACUCCACGCCCUUGUGAUAUUGACUGGUUUAUUUACCCAUGGAAGCUCCAAUGCCCAGCUUAUAGCAUCGUAUGCACGAGUUGUUGAUGCAGUAUCAGCACACCAGUUGUUCGAAAAAUUGCCUCGCCGAGGUGUAGAUGUGUGGAAUGCUAUGAUCAUUGCUUACUCCCGUAAAGAAUACCCAGAUGAAGUUAUAAGACUAUAUCGUCAGAUGAUCUUGGAAGGAGUGAAGCCCGAUAGCUCUACUUUUACUGUUGCAAUAAAGGCUUGUGCAAGUACGUUAGAUUUGGAAACAGGCGAAGAAAUUUGGUUCAAAGCAAAAGACAAUGGCUUUGAGUGUGAUGUGUUUGUGGGGUCAUCAGUUUUGAACUUGUAUGCAAAGUGUGGGAAAAUGGAUGAAGCAUCUGUGGUGUUCGAUAAGAUGCCAAAGAAAGAUGUUGUUUGCUGGACAUCCAUGUUGACAGGGUUCGUGCAGAGUGGACGACCAGUUGAAGCGCUUGAAAUUUACAAGCAAAUGCAAAUGGAAGGAAUGAAAACUGAUGGGGUUGUGUUGUUGGGCUUGGUUCAGGUUGGUGCAAAACUUGGGGUCUCAAAAGUGGGACUUUCUGUUCAUGGGUAUUUGAUUCGGAGAGAUCAUCCAAUGGAUGUCAUACUUCAAACCAGCCUUGUUGAUAUGUAUGCUAAGACUGGAAAAUUGGGGCUUGCUUAUCGUAUCUUUAGGAAAAUGACUUGUAAGAAUGUCAUUUCUUGGGGUGCUUUGAUUUCUGGCUAUGCUCAAAAUGGUUUUGCAAGGAAUGCUCUUGAAAUGUUGGUAGAGAUGCAAAGUUGUGGUUAUAAACCAGAUCUAUUGUCUCUCGUGGGUGCACUUCUUGCAUCUUCCCAAGUUGGAUCAUUGAAAUUGGGCAAGUCUUUACACGGAUAUAUUCUCAGAAGGUUUGUUUUGGAUCAAGUUACAGGCACUGCACUGAUUGACAUGUACUCAAAAUGUGGAUCCCUUUCUUGUGCACGUGCACUUUUUGCUAGGAUUAAUACUAAAGACUCAAUCUCUUGGAAUGCAAUGAUUGCCAGCUAUGGAAUUCAUGGACAAGGAAAGGAAGCUCUGGCACUCUUCCUCAAGAUGACAGAAAUAAGCUUAAAACCUGAUCACACAACUUUUGCUUCUCUUCUCUCAUCAUUCAGUCAUUCAGGUCUUGUAGAAGAAGGUCAAUACUGGUUCGAUCUCAUGCUUUGCAAGUAUAAGAUCCCACCUGGUGAAAAGCAUUAUGCAUGCAUGGUUGACCUUUUGGCACGAGCAGGACUAGUAGAAGAGGCAUAUGAUCUAAUAGGUUCCAUAAGUACUGAACCAGGGCUUCCUGUUUGGGUUGCACUCCUGGCAGGUUGCCACAACUGUCAAAAGGUGACAAUUGGAGAAAUUGCAGCCAAAAAGGUACUCGAGUUAAAACCAAAUGACAUGGGAGUUUAUGCUUUGAUUUCAAACUUCUAUGCCAUGGCAAAAAAGUGGAAUGAAGUAGCUUGUGUGAGAAACAUCAUGAAAAAGACAAGAAUAAAGAAAGAACCUGCCUAUAGUACAGUGGAAGUGAAUGGAAAGCUCCAUUCGUUUCUUAUGGAAGAUAACAGUCACCGUCAGUAUAAAGAUACCUUGGAAUUAUUGGAUAAGUUGGAUCAGGAAAUGAGAAUUAUGCAAUAUGCCCCAGAGACUGGUUUGUCAUUGCAUGAUUAUGAAGGGGAGUGAGAAAGAAAUGGCUGUGCAAUCAGUCACAGAAUCUUGCUAUUGCUUUUGACCUUUGAACACAUUGCCGGGGAUAGAAAUGCUGGUCACACAGAACCCUAGGAGUGCGGGGAUUGCCAUAAGGCAACCAAACUAAAUUCAGAAUUGUGGGCAGUGAGGUACUUCUGAGAAACAUGAAGCAAGUACUACAAGAAUAGAUCAGAUGAGACUGGAAUAGACAGAACAGCAAGCACUUGCUGUCUCUCGAAUUGUUAGGCAGUUGAUUAUAAAAUCUCAAUCCUGGAACAUGAUGUGUUAUGUGGAAAUAAAGCUAAUGACAGGCCAUCAGGAGUCAGUGAACUGGUAUCCCCAUCGCUGACUGUAACGUGGAAGAAUUACUUCAAGUAAUGGAUUUGUUUGCUGUGUCAGAUCAUUCUUAAGGAUGUCCUCUAUACAUUUCUGACAACUCUAGAUAUUGCUUCUAUACUUCCAGUCCCCAAGAUGAUAGCAUAGAUGGUGUUGCCUUGUGAUUGUUGCUCUACGCUGGCCAGAUUCUUAAAGCUGAUGUUAUUUUAAUAGCUAAGAUUAUGUAUAUAUAUAUAUAUAUAUAUGCUAAGAUUAUGUUAUAUAUAUAUACAUAUUUCUUUUGGGAAUUAUGGAUCGUGGAAUAUCAACCCAGUGUUGGUCAAACUAAUAGUUGAUUUGAUGGUGCAUUCCUUCUUUCGUUUACAGGAUGUGUGGGUUUCAGUGGAAUUUCUCUUCUGCUUGAUUGUGUUAGUUCUAAUUGUAUGAGACACAUUCCAAGG